AUGAAUUCCGAAUCGAAUGAUAAUAAUAAUAAUAACAAUAAUGAUGAUAUUGUUAAUAUGAAUGACCAUUCAUCAAUCAAUGUUGUUGUAUCGAAUGAUAACAGUCAUCAUAAUCAACAACAACAACAACAAUCAACGAUAAAAUCAAUUGAAAGUCGACAAUCAGUAAAAAUUAUUCUACAUAAUCAAUCAACACGUAGAGUUACAAUAACAUGGAUUGAUUAUGGUGGUAAUGAACGUAUUUAUGCAAAAUUACAUCCAAAUUGUAAAUUUGUUAUCGAUUCUUAUGUAACACAUCCAUGGAUAUUUCGUGAUAUUGAACGAAAAAAUUUAGCCAUAUUUGAUGCAAUAAUUGCUAAUCGUCGUGAUUUACUUGCAUUUCAAAAAUGGAAUAAAUAUUCUGAACAGAAACGUUUUCAUGUUGCUGAUCGUAUCCUGUUUCCAAGACAACAUAAAAAAGAUUCAGAAUUCAUAUUGGUCAUUAUUAAAAAUGGUGUACAUAAUCUACAAGAAUUAUGUCAAUUUUCAUUGAUUGAACAAUUACAUCGAUCAUCAACAUCAUCAUCAAUAACAUUACCAUCAUAUAUUCUAAAUAAUUUGCCAAAACAUCUUUGUGAAAUUCUACAUAACUACAUCGAUAAUGGCCAAUCUUUAUUAGAAUUUUUACCAUUAUAGUGCAAUUAUUCAUCAAAAUAUACUCAAAAAACUUUUGUUUUUCAGUUUGAUUAUUGUUUAAUUUGAAAUUCUCAAUCGCUCAAUUCGUUAUUAAUAACUAACAGCAUAUAACAAUGCUAUAGGACCAACAAACAAACAAAAAGCAUCAAAAAAAAAUUUUCUC